AUGUCAUCCAACCAAGGGAAUAAGAUGGAUCGGUACGAAAUCUUCCGCAUUCGUCAAGGCAUGAGGCCCAGAAGUAAUGAUGAGACAUAUUUUGAUUGCAGUGGCAGUCCGAUGAUCGACGGAUUUGAUCACAAGAUACGGGCUUACAAUAAAAAAGGAGCAACAGGAAAUCAAAGAGGAGUCAAUUCUGAGCAAACAUACGGAAGCAAAAAUACAUCAGACUGUAGUUAUCAGCAAGAUUUUGGUGAUAACCUAGGUCCAUUGGUUACUUAUGGGAUCGAUGAUGAACCCAAGCCAGGUGAUAAUAAACUGAUCUGGGUAUGUUGACAGACAUAAGUAGCAUACACCACAGUACUACAAAUUAUGUGAGGAAUCGUAUAUUCUAUUACAGAAUGUUAAUCAACUCGUGAUGAAUUUUAUUUAGCAAUACAACUGCCAUAACAUCAUUUAAACUUCCAUAUUUGUGCUUAAAUAUUCCCCUACAGUUAAUACAGUUCUUUUUAACAUCUUUUUCAUUCUUAUUAUUUAUUUUGUAUAUUGGAGUCAUAUUUCGUCCAGCUUUUGUGUUUUUGUUAACAUUUUUUAUCGUGUCUGUUCACUUUCUUUUGUACAAUGAUUUACUACUUGAUUGUUACUUCAUUUUUAUUGCUGUUAACUUAUGAAACCACUCUACAAGAAACUUAUUAGUAUUUUCAUUAGAAACAUAAGUUGACAUAAUAUAAUAUUUGACAUCAAUCAUUUCACUUUCACCGUAAAUUGAUUGGGUAUAGUUAGAAUUAUCAAUUAUCUCUACUUUAGUC